AUGCAUUUCAUGACUCUUAUACUUCUUCUGUGUCUUGGCGAUACCUUCGCUGCCACAGGUAAUAACAGACUGGGCCGGAACAUUGCUUUCAGGUCUCUAAACCGGUCGAACCAUACAGGCCAAAGACAAACCCCGCGUUCGGGCGCAACCUCUCCAUAUAUGAUUCGUCCCAAGGUCAUGAUUAUCAGCACUUUUGCGCCAGAAGCCGAUGUCUGGUAUGAUACGACAAUUGAUCUAUUCGCGAAGAACGUUACCGUUACCGGUUUGUCGCCUCUUUGGCCCGAUGUACAUUGUUCUGGAGAUGACACUGUUUGCCAGAUUACUUCCGGGCUGGGCGUUGUCAAUGCAGCUGCUUCAAUGCAAGCUCUCUGGAUGUCGCCUCAUUUCAACCUCACGAAGACAUACUUUCUUGUAGCUGCGAUUGCCGGCAUCAACCCAUACGAAGGAACUACAGGCUCCGUCACAUUUGCCGAUUAUGUUGUGAAUCUUGACCUCCAGUACAGCCUUUCCGAGAGCGAUAUGCCUGCAAAUGGCUGCAACUUCUUUCCUCUCGGCGCAGACAGACCUGACUCCAGCAAUCCUGGCGCGUACCCCACCAGCUGGUUUGGCUGGGAGGCCUUCGAGCUCAAUAAGAAGUUGACAACCAGGGUUGUUGAAAUCGUUUCCAAGACACCGUUGAAUGACUCUGCAGAAGCUGUUGCGUAUCGUGCGAAUUACGACUAUUCACCGGCCAACAAAGCUCCUGGGGUCAAGGUAUGUUCUAGUGGCGCUUCCAAUCUAUACUGGUCUGGUGCCCGCACAGGCUUCGCGUUCUCGAAUUACACAAGGCUCGUGACCAAUGGAUCGGCCACAUAUUGUGCAACCAAUACCGAAGACAGCGGACUCCACGAAGGCCUUUUCCGUGGUGCAAUAGCAGGAAAGCUAGAUUACGGCCGUGUAAUUAACAUGCGCACCGCCAGCGAUUUCGAUCGAGCCCCACCAAAUGUUGACCCAUUUUAUCAUCUGUUCGAGGCUGCGCAAGGUGGAUAUGAGCCAAGCCUCAUCAACAUUCGGCUUGCAGGCAUGGCGAUUAUCAAUGACAUCCUCACGAAUUGGGAUGAGAUCUACAUGUCUGGAAUAAAACCAUCAAAUUAUAUUGGAGACGGCUUCGGAUCUCUGAAAGACCAAGAAGCUAAAAGAGAUAUUGGGUAA